GGAUUUAAACCUUGGUUAAAAAGAGAAAUUUGAGUGAACUGACCUGAGCGAAAUGAAAGUGGGGGGAAGAGAGCUCUUCAAGAGGCUCAUGUUAGUGACAAACACCAUGCUGAUAUUAGUGAGGGUAGAAGUGGAAGUUUAGGUCAAAUCAGGGUGGUCUGGUUACACCCGUGAAGUAGGUUGCUUUGAAGGGCUAUGUGUGGCAAUAGCUCAUUUUGGGUUCCGAGGAAAGGGCAGCUGGUUUUUAAUCUCCAUAUUAUCCUCCAAUUCAGUGGUCUCCAAACUUUUUUGGUCGCACACCCCCAGGAAAAAAAAAGAUGGCCGCAGGCGUGCCACCGAAGAAAAGAAAAGGGAGGGGUUGCUCUGUAGAAGAGCUGCCGCAGGCACGCUUCUGCUGCCGCUGCACAAUCGAAGGUAGAAGAGCUGCCGGUGGCGUGCCGGCGACGCUCCUCCUGCCGCGCACCCCCAGGGAUCGUCUUGCACGCACCCCACUUUGGAGACCACUGCUCUAAUUAACCCCUUAUUAGUGAAGGUUUUCACUUUGCUUUAAAUGCUUAAAGCAAAUCUGGCAGGUUAUACAGACAUAGUAUCCAUUCUGCAAGUUCCUUCCGAGAAUCGGGGAAGAACACUUCCAUUUGAAGUUUGGAGAAGGUAACAUGCAGGGGAAAGUGAGCAUAUAUUUCAUACUUUCCCUGAAAAGAACAUACUGCUUGUGUAAUGUGCAUACCACACAGAAGGCGGCAAGUCCACGUGGUAUGGGCUUUAACCAGGCCACAGCUUUGAGUCAAAUUACAUCCAAGUUUCCUGUCAGGGUAUAGCCCAGGGGUCCGUUGCCAAUUAUUGGGGUGUUUGCACCACAGGGGAGCCAAUGUGUGGUUUUCUGGGCACCUCCCCCCCCCCGCCAGUAGCAUCCCUCCCCCUUUGUGAGUUGAGGCGAGAGGGGACCUUGACGCCCACCAGCACCACUAUAGCAGGGUACUCCCCCCAGGAUAGUGUCCUAGCCCCUGGUUCACAUUUGAUCCCGAGGAUGUUAGAUACAUCUUGUAAGGAGAUGCCCUUGGGAUGCCCAUUGUUUUACCUUUUGGUAUCUGGAGCCUAGAUCAGCCAGUUCCUGCACUGAGCACUUGCGACAAGGAGAGGGCAGCAUGAGGUUGGCUGCCUCCACUCCAUCCCCAUAUGGGCUACCUAGGAGUUCAUCCAGCCCGACACCGAGAUUAUCCAAGAAAAAGUUGGCACCUAUAUGAGUUGCACCUUAAUCUGUAAAGCCACCAUUUGAUGAACUGGUGGCUGAAGGACCGGCAGCUGGAGGAGCCCAGGCGUUGGGUGCCUUCCCAUCCCACACCUGCAGACACCCAGCAUCUUCUGUGAUCCCACAUUCAUGCCCCCCUUGUGCUUCUCCUCAGGCCUGACCCUGGAGCCCCUACCAUCGCUCCCAUCAGUACUGCCCACCUGAGAUCAUGUGGCCAUACUAGGGGGAGUCUGCUGAACCCCAAACACAUGCAGAGGGGGUUAGAACACUGGAGCUCUUCCGGUGGGCCCUAACUGUUCAUGACUUCACCCUGUUGUGCCUGACCAUUGUUUUACAAUACUCCAAGCUGAUCUAAAAUGGACUGCAUCAGCACAACAGGACAAGCUAAAUACAGCUAAUGACUCGGAUAACUAAUAGGAGAGAACUUAAUUUCACCGAGUCGAUGAGACACUAUGUUUUCACAGAUUUAAUAAAGCAGUCAGUCACCGGGCAAUGGACCUGAUAAAAAUCUUUGCAGUAGUGAUCAAGAGAAUGAUUAAAGAGUUUAACUAAUUGAAAUGAAUUAGGCAUAGAUCACCUAGAGAAUUUAUUGCCUGGAAUUGGCAAAUUUUACCAAAGUCUUCUGACUGCCUAGUACAAAUAGCCAACGUAAUAUGUAUCUAAACAGAGUAACAGAAUUCUUUCUUUUGGCAAUGACAUAAACAGCGCUUCUGUCCACUUGACAUGCAAGGCUUGAUUCAGCACUGAAAUAUGUUGGUUGCUGGUGGUGUAAUCCUGGGAAUAUAAUGGUGGAAAGUCAGCAUUGCCUUGGGUCUGCAGUGGCUCAAGCCACAACCAGCCAUUCUUGUUUUAAGUUGCUUAAUUUCAGCCUAUAGUUUCAACUGGAUAUAAUAAUUCACUGAAGGCCUGCACAAGGCCCUAUGCAAUGAGUAAGCCGUUCUGUAGUCCCAUGUGGUGGAUAGAGUGACCAUAGCCCAAGCACUGGAGAGGUUACCUCUGCUCCAAUUCUAAUGAGGCCAGCACUGAGAUGAGCCUUGGGAGAGGUCCAGAGAGAAGCCAUUCACUUCCACUGAUGUGGAUCCAGUCGCCAGGAACCCCUGCCUAGAGGGACAGCAGCAACCCUUCCAGUCUAUAAACUGGACUAGCAGCAAGAAGUGGUGUUGUAUGGAGUCUCAAAGUCUUUCCCUAAAUUGGAAGAGUAGAAUUUUAACCUCUCCCUUCUACCCCUACCCACAGACCCCAUGCAGAAUACCCCAAAGACUGUGUAAUCAGGGUUUUUAAUGUUAGUUCUGAGUUUUAUCAAAUGUCUUGGAUGCACUUUUCAAAGAAUAUGUUCACAAACUAUCUGAGGAUGAACAUGUUCAGUCUUUCUCCCCCCACUCCUACUAAAUUUUUACUAAAGCUCCUCGUUCUUUCUGGCUAGAUCUUUGAAACUCUGUCUCUGAAACAUGCUCCUUUAAGGACCUCCUAUGUGGUACGUUUUUGUCUAUCAUUUGUAAACACAAUACGACAAAGAAUGAUUUUGGUUCAGUGACAAGGGAACUAGCUAUUUGCAUGUCAUGAGGUCUAAGGGAAACAAACUGACCCUCAACCUUCUUCUGCAGAGCCAAAAUCUGAUGGGAUCCUCAAAUAGCUCUGGCAGAUUAUUCUGUUUAUUUUGGAUUUAAUGAAUGCUUAUUUCUGUGAAAGCUAAUCUAUUUUCCCCCUUUAUUAUGCUACACAAGUCAUAAGAAGCAGCAGCUUGAAAGCAAAUAACAGCUGAAGAACCAAAAAAUGACAAGUAAUCACUGCCAUUACUGCAUGGAAUCCCUUCUUGGCAGGAAGUAUGUAUUUAGAGAAGAGAAUUCUUACUGUGUUACAUGUUAUGAUGGCCUAUUCGCUAACUCCUGUGAAGAAUGCAAAAAGCCCAUUGAAUGUGAUGCCAAGGAUCUCGCCUAUAAAGGCCACCACUGGCAUGAAGCGUGCUUCAAGUGUGCCAAAUGCAAUCACUCUUUAGUGGAAAAUCCUUUUGCUGCCAAGGAUGAGCUCUUGCUGUGUACUCAGUGUUAUUCUAAUGAGUAUUCAUCAAAGUGCUUUCAUUGUCAGAAGGCCAUUAUGCCCGGUUCUCGUAAAAUGGAAUUUAAAGGGAGUUGCUGGCAUGAAACCUGUUUUGUUUGUCAAUACUGCCGGCAACCAUUAGGAACAAAGCCUUUGAUCACCAAAGACAAUGAGAAUUAUUGUGUGCCAUGUUUUGAGAAGCAGUUUGCUCACCACUGCUACUCCUGCAAGAAGAUGAUAACUACUGGUGGAGUGACGUACCACGACCAGCCAUGGCACAAAGAAUGUUUUCUGUGUGCUGCAUGUAAGAAGCAGCUGUCUGGGGAACGGUUUAUUUCCAAAGAUGACCAUCCAUACUGCCUAGACUGCUUCCGAAAGCUUUAUGCAAAGACGUGUGCGGCCUGCAACAAACCCAUUACUGCUCUUGGAGGUGCCAAAUUUAUCUCAUUUGAAGAGCGCCAGUGGCACAGUGACUGCUUUAAUUGUGUGAAAUGUUCCAUUUCGCUGGUGGGACAAGGAUUCCUCACGCAGCAAGAUGACAUCCUCUGUCGUGAAUGUGGCUCUGCUGCAUAGUUAGAGAGAGACACGUUCUUCUUGCAUGCUGUAACCAAGUACUUCCUUACCUUGCAGUCAGAAAUUCAUUUAAAGGCCAUAAGAGUUAUUUAGUCAUUCAAGUUGCUUUCCAACAGCAGUUCAGGUCUAUCACAGUGCUCAGCUGCUACAUGCAUGCCUUAUAUCUUGUAAAAAGAUUUUUACACAGUUCUGGUUAAGAAAACAUUUCCAAAGAAAUUUCUAUAUAUAUUUUAAUGGAAAUACAGUAUGUUUGUCCUGGUAAAACAGUGCACUCUGCUGUUGGGAGCUUUAGAAUUUGAUAUUACAUAAUCCAAGAAUGACUAUGAAAAAUCUAUAUUUGGAAGACAUAAUAGAUUACCUCAAUGAAGAAAACUUAUACUAGUACUCUACUGAUGCAGACACUCAGGUGUGAAGUGGUGGUGGUGUAUUCUCCACUGGGCCACAAUAUUUAAUCAGAACAAUGUUUCACAGUCUUAGAAAGUCAUCAAACAUUACAUGUUAAGCAUGGCAAAAGAAGUAAUAAUAUUUCUUUUAUAUUGUUGUGCAGAUAGGAGUUCGAUAGAUAUCUCUGGCAUCUCAUUACAUAUGUCCUUUAUUAGUUGCUACUUAUGCUCUUCAAGUCUUAAAACACAAGUACACUUUCACAAUUACACAAUAACACAAGGUUCAUAAUAUCGCAGCUAGGCCCUCAGUUCACUUCACUUUGUUCUUAUAUCUCACUGACUGACUGGCAAUGCCCCACCCCUUAUAUACUCCCAAGGGCAUGGCUGACAACAUUCUAGGAGGUUCAAGGAAAAUGUAGUUCUCCGAAAGUCUGGAAGGUUCCAUGAGAUUCUACAAAGGUCCAGAAGAGUCUAGAAGGUUAGUGAAUCCACAUAUGAAAUAUCUGAAACAUUUUACUUCAAACAUUCUAUUUUUCCUUUUGUUUCUAACAACAAAAACAGCACCCACCCAAGCCUGGUGCCCCCCAAGCCUGGGUUGCCUGCACCUAAAUCUGGUGCUGCCUACCACUGAGAGUUGGUUUAUGCUCUGAAGCAUCAAAGCCUAUAUCCAUUCUUAACAAACAAACACAUAAAAAUCUGUUCCAAGACUAGUGAUUUGCAGAGCUGAACUACAGCCCCUUUACCAAAAUUAGCCAGUUUUAGUUAAACUUUUUUUUUUUUUUUUUUGCUUCGUCAACUUUUCAGGACAUAAAUAAACAAAACUACACUUUAAUCUGCCAUCAAAAUCAAUUAGCUCCCUCAAUCAGAGCGCUAAUUUAUAAUUUACAACCAGCUAACGUCUUAAAACUGCAACUGCCUUGUCUGCACUAGGAUUUUAGUACAUAUUAAACAUACACCUUUUUUCCUAGUGUAGAUAUGGCUUGAGAGUCACCUUCAUGUCUGCCAAGCCACCUCUCUCUCCUCUUGAAAACCCAUUUUCCAGAAACCCAACCAUCUUUCUCAUCAUGAAUAGUUUCUCCUUGCUCUCACUUCUUUGAGCUGUGAUCUAAUAUCUUUUCUUAUGUGUUUGCCUUGUCUAUAUUAAGAUUGUCAGUGCUUUAGAACAAGGAGCAUGUCCAACUCAUUUUGUUAAGAGCCAUGUACAUUUACCAGCAUUAUAGCAAGGAUUUUUAAUAUUAUUUUCAUUACAAUCGAUAGGCCAACAGAUCAAUGUAGGUUUGUUCCUAUAUCUCAUUUAUGUCACUUUGAGAGGAUUUCAUCUGCUUGCUGAGCUUUUAAAGUAAAAGUGUCUACAUUAAAGGCCAUCUAGAUUAGUGUUACAAAUGGUUCUUCCCUUUGUUGUUCCACGCUUUCAUGUAAUUAAACUAUCAUUAUACUGCGCCAUUGAGAAUGGUGCACUGAAAUACUCAAGGGCAGGUUUUGUACCAUUUACCAUGCUCUUGAUGUGUUUUAAAAAACAUCUUACUCACAUUAACUUCAGGAGCACAUGUGUCCUUUUAGGCGCUGAUCCAAAGUCUAUUGCCGUUAAUAGGAGUCUUUUCUUUGACCUCAGUUGCAGUAAGAUCUCAUUCCCUUAUUUAAUUGAAAGUGGUAAUUACAUUAAGAAGACAUAAAAAGAAAAGUACACUAUAUGAAAAUAGGCCAGUGCCAAACUGCAAUAGCAUAAAAUCUAUGUGGAUAAUAACUAACCACAAGCUCUCUGUUUUCUAGUCAAUAAAAUAUUGAUUUUUUUGCUUAA